AUGACUCCGAUGACAUUGCUGCCACGAUCGGUUUGUGUUACCGCCCACGCCCACGCCCGAGCCUCGAACUGGCGGUCCAUUUCAGCGCUUCAAAGGCGCCAUCAGCAGCAGCAGCAGCAACAACAAUUGCACACCUGUGGGCGGCUGCCUGCACUUUUAGCAACAACAACAACAGCACUAGCGAGGGCGCCAAAUUCGCAUGCAAAUGGAAGCGUGUUCUAUCAGAUCCGCCGAAACAUGUCAGCUGCUCCGAAACUGGUGGCCGUGGCCGAGUCGCGUCGCUUCAUGAUCGACUGCUUCAAGGCGGUGAAGGUGCCCCAGGCCUAUGCCGAGGACCAGGCGGACCUCCUGGUGGGCGCCGACUACCGAGGACAUUUUAGCCACGGAAUGAACCGCCUAGAGAUGUACAUCAACGAUCUGGCCAUCAACGCCACCGACGGAGCCGCGACGCCAAAAAUCCUGAAGGAGACUCCAUCCACCGCCUGGGUGGACGGCCAGAACGGCCUGGGAGCCGUGGUUGGCAACUUCUGCAUGGAUCUGGCCAUCAAGAAGGCCAAGACCGUGGGUGUGGGCUGGGUGUGCGCCAAGGGAUCGAACCACUAUGGCAUGGCAGGCUGGUAUCCCAUGAGAGCCAUGAAGCAGGGACUCGUCGGCGUUUCCAUGACCAACACCUCGCCCCUGAUGGCGCCCACGCGUGCCAAGGAGGCUGCCCUGGGCACCAAUCCCCUCGCCGUCGGAGCCAAUGCCACCAAUGGCGAUCGCUUCCUGCUCGAUAUGGCCACCACGGCGGUAGCUGUGGGCAAGAUCGAAAUCCAGCGGAGGAAGGGAGCCAAGCUGCCCGACGGCUGGGCCCAAGACCCCGAUGGCAAUAAUACCAAUGACGCGGAGCUGGGCUUCUCGACCGGGUGUCUCUACCCAUUGGGCGGCUCUGAGCUAACCUCGGGCUACAAGGGCUAUGGUCUGGGCGCCAUGGUGGACGUCUUUUCGGGCGUGAUGUCGGGUGCCAACUACUCCACGAAGGUGCGUAAGUGGACCCACGCUGGUGCUGAUACGGCAGCCGAUCUCGGCCAGGUGUUCAUUGCAGUGGAUCCCAAUUGCUUCGCACCCGGAUUCGAGGAGCGCAUGACUGACUUCAAUGGACGCCUAAGGAAUACCACUCCGACUGAUCCCAGCAACCCCGUGCUUCUGGCUGGAGACAAGGAGAGCCAUGGCAUGAAUUCUGUGGACGAGGCCGGCGGAAUCCAAUAUCUGGAGAAUCAGAUUAAAACCUGCUGCAUGCUGGCGGAGAAGCUGAAUAUAAAGCCCCUGCAGUUCAUCGAUUAAGGAUCACUGGAUUAGGAAUUGAGGAGCGGGAGCCAAGCUCCUUUGUUGCCAUAUAGUUUGCAUUCGUGGACCAAAGCACUUAGUUCUUUCUCGCUGCGAAGAAACCCACUUUGUUAUAUUUUUUACAUAUCCGAUUAAAGGACUUUCGAAAGCUAAGAUAUUGUUUAGCCAGAAGCGUAAAUUCAAUUUACUUUACUUGCUAUAAAUUGUAAUUGAUAUACAGCAGCGAUAUAUACAACUUCCUAUUUCAAUAGAUUUUAAAUAUUUAGUAAAAACUAUGAUAUUCAACAAGCAAUUGUUUAAAAUAAACAAAAUACUUUAAAAGAUUAACCUGAA